GUAUCCGCCGGAAGAGAGGCGCAGGUUCGGUUAUAGCCACAACUUUUAACUCAAAUGAAACACACAUAGUUCAUUUGCAGCUCGCCGCGUCUGUUUGCUGUUCGGAAAGCGAAGAAACAUGAAACAAGACGUCAGGAUACUUUUAUUGGGAGAACCCAAAGUGGGGAAGACCUCCCUCAUCAUGUCUCUGGUUGGAGAAGAGUUCCCAGAAGAGGUUCCUCCCAGAGCUGAGGAAAUCACAAUCCCUGCAGACGUGACUCCUGAGAAGGUUCCCACUCACAUCGUGGACUACUCAGAAAAGGAACAGAGUAAUGAAGUCCUGAGAGGUGAAAUCGUGAAGGCUAAUGUGGUGUGUGUUGUGUAUGAUGUGACCAACGAGGAUACAAUAGAUAAGAUUAAAACCAAAUGGAUUCCUUUAGUGAACGGCGAUGCAGAAAAAGGAAACAAGGUUCCUAUCAUCCUUGUGGGGAAUAAAUCUGACCUGCGCAGUGGGAGUUCAAUGGAGACCAUUCUUCCCAUCAUGAACCAGUUCUCUGAGAUUGAGACGUGUGUUGAGUGUUCUGCGAAGAACCUAAAAAACAUUUCAGAGCUCUUCUACUACGCCCAGAAGGCAGUCCUCCACCCAACGGCUCCUCUUUAUGACCCUGAGGACAAACAGCUAAAACCACCGUGUGUCCGAGCUCUCAGCAGAAUAUUUUACAUUUCCGAUCAGGAUAAUGACCGUAUCCUAAGUGAUGCUGAACUCAACAGCUUUCAGAAAUCCUGUUUUGGGAAUCCUCUGGCACCGCAGGCUUUAGAAGAUGUGAAGACUGUGGUGUGGAAGAACACCAGCGACGGAGUGCAAGACAACGGCCUGACCCUGAACGGGUUUUUGUUUCUUAAUACAUUGUUUAUCCAAAGAGGCCGACAUGAAACCACGUGGACGAUCCUGAGGAAGUUUGGUUACGAUGACGACCUUGAGCUGACUGAUGAUUACCUUUAUCCCGAACUGCGAGUCCCUGUAGGCUGCACCACAGAAGUAAACCACCUGGGUCGUCAGUUCCUACAGCGAUUGUUCGACAAAUACGAUGAAGAUAAGGACUGUGCCCUGUCACCGGCUGAGCUUAGGAACCUGUUUUGCGUGUGUCCGUACAUGCCUUGGAGUGCAGACGUCUGUAUGACCGUACCGACCACAGAGGAGGGCUACAUUUCUAAUCACGGCUUCCACUGUCAGUGGAUGCUUUCUGCCUACCUUGACAUCCACCGUUGCCUGGAGCACCUUGGAUACUUAGGCUACCCUGUCCUCACUGAGCAAGGGUCACAGACCGCUGCUAUAACAGUGACGCGAGCGAAAGAAGUCGAUUUGGAAAAGCGUCAAACUCAGCGGACAGUGUUUCUCUGCAAGGUGAUCGGACCUCGAGGGACAGGAAAAACAGCCUUUCUUCAGUCCUUUGUGGGCCGCAGUGUUCUGUUAAAUCCCAGCAGUGCCUUCUCACCAUACGUCAUAAAUGCCGUUCUCGUCAGCAGCCAGGAGAAAUUCCUCAUCCUCCACGAGGUCGAUGUGGAGACGGAGUUCCUGAAGGCAUCAGACGCCUCCUGUGAUGUCGCCUGUCUCAUGUAUGACGCCAGUGACCCUCAUUCUUUCAACUAUUGUGCCAGUAUUUACAAGCAACAUUACAUGGACAACAAUAUCCCCUGCGUGCUGGUUGCCUCUAAAGUGGACCUUCCUGAAGCCACGCAGUUCCACGGGAUGACUCCAGCAGAGUUCUGCUAUAAACACCGACUGCCUCCUCCGCUGCCUUUCUCCAGCCUGUUACUGGACUCCACCUGCAAGAACAUCUACACCAAGCUCGCCUGGGCUGCCAUGUACCCACACCUGAACGGUUCAGACAUGAGCAGCUCGUCCUUCUGGCUCCGAGUGGCUUUGGGUUCGGCUGUGGUUGCGGUGAUGGGCUUUGCCGUCUACAGGGCUGCCGUCAGACUCAAAUAA